AUGGUGCUGACGUCGUCUGGCGGUGUUUGGCCGUGUCUGGCAACUGGCACAGCCACAGCCCAACUCGUAGCUCCUUCGUCACUCACGCAGAUCCCGGCCAGCGAUCCCAGAAUCCAACUUUGGGCGAGAAAAGGAACCGUCAACGCAUUCGCGGCAUCGCCUGUCCCAUACGCCUCUCGAUCAUUUGUUAACGACGAUAUCCAACCAAGCGCAACAGAUAGACACCUUCGAGUAUCAAUUACCAGCUGCGCAGCGACAACACACGCAAACCGCGACCUCGGAAGGACUCGAAAAGCAGCCCACCAUGUCUUGGGCAGGUAUGGCUUGGGUGCCCCUCGCGCGACGGCGCCCGCGGCACAGGCGACACUGACGCAUGGCACAACAGGCUUCAAGAAGAAUGUCAACCGCGCGACGACGCAGGUGAUGAUGAAGACGGGGCACGUCGAGAAGACCAACGAUCGUGACUACGAGGUCGAGGAGAGGCGAUUCCGCACGAUGGAGGCAGCAUCGAACCGGUUACAGAAGGAGGCCAAGGGAUAUCUUGACUCGCUACGAGCUAUGACUGCCUCUCAGAUGCGCAUUGCCGAGACGAUAGAUGCGUUCUACGGAGAUUCUGGCGCGACAGAUGGCGUGAGCCGGAGCUACAAGCAAGCCGUCGAGGAUCUUGAUGCCGAGACGAUCAAAGCUCUGGACGGGCCGUAUCGGACCACUGUCCUCGACCCUAUCUCCAGGUUCUGCGCCUACUUCCCAGACGUCAACGAAUGUAUCAAGAAGCGCUCGCACAAGCUUCUCGACUACGAUGCACUGCGAGCCAAGGUGAAGCGGCUCGUCGAGAAACCCGACAAGGAUGUGACCAAGCUGCCGCGGGCGGAGAAGGAGACCGAGAUGGCCAAGCUCGCCUACGAGCAGCUGAACGAGCAGCUGUGCACCGAGCUGCCGCAGCUGCUCGACUUGCGUGUUCCCUACCUGGACCCCAGCUUCGAGGCCCUCGUCAAGAUCCAGCUGCGGUUCUGUGCCGAGGCCUACAGCCGCAUGGCCCAGGUUCAGCAGUACCUGGACGCGGAUACUAGGGAUCAGUACGCCAACGGACAUCUGGACGCGAGGGUGGAGCAAGUAUUGCAGGAGAUCAGAGAGCUGAGCAUCAGCGGGACCGUCUAG